AUGGAUGUUGUGGAUUUGCCAGUUGGAAGCUGCUAUAUAAGCCUGGUUGAGCGGAUCCUACUGCAGCGGCUCCCGCAACAGCGGAUCCGACAGCAGCGGCUCCUGCAACAGCGGAUCCAACAGCAGCGUCCCCAACAGCAGCGUCCCCCACAGCAGCGUCCCCAACAGCAGCGUCCCCCACAGCAGCGUCCCCCACAGCAGCGGAUCCUACAGCAGCGUCCCCCACAGCAGCGUCCCCCACAGCAGCGUCCCCCACAGCAGCCGAUCCGACAACAGCCGAUCCUACAACAGCCGAUCCUACAACAGCCGAUCCUACAACAGCCGAUCCAACAACAGCGUCUCCCACAGCAGCGUCCCCCACAGCAGCGUCCCCCACAGCAGCGUCCCCCACAGCAGCGUCUCCUACAGCAGCGUCCUCGACAUCGAGCAGCACUAAUACAGCAACCAACAACCCCACCUCUACCUCUACCACGACCACGUCUACUACUGAGAAAACCACUGUUACGGAGGCUACUAAAAGGAGGGCAGAACAUAAAACACGCUACAAACACACCAAAUCCAAGAAGAAUCCUUCUAUACCAACCAAACUACCCGAUUCCACCGAACUAUGAAAACAUCGCGGCCUAA